UCUAGGGCAGGCUCAGCACCGGCCCCGCGGGCUCGGGACCCCCCGUGCCCACCCCCGGCACGGCCACCCCGCGGCGGGGAUGAGGCGGCGCCGCAGCAGCUGGAGGCAGCUGGCAGCCCCCAGCCCACCAUGCCGUCGUCCAAGAGCGAGAGCGAGUUCUGGAUCGAUGGAUCCCACCGGGAGGCGGCACUGGAAGAUUUCUACGUCGUGGGCCCCGAGCUGGGACGGGGAGCCACCUCGGUGGUGUUCAGCUGCCAGGAGAAGGGCACGGGAGCUCCCUACGCUGCCAAGAUCCUGAAGAAAACGAUUGACAAAAAGAUCGUGAGGACGGAGAUCGGGGUCCUGCUGCGCCUCUCGCACCCCAACAUCAUCAAGCUGAAGGAGAUUUUCGAGACGCCCUCGGAGAUCGCGCUGGUGCUGGAGCUGGUGACGGGGGGAGAACUCUUUGACAGGAUCGUGGAGAGGGGGUUCUACAGCGAGCGGGAUGCGGCAAACGUGGUCAAGCAGAUCCUGGAGGCUGUUUCGUAUUUGCACGAGAAUGGGGUCGUGCACCGGGACCUGAAGCCGGAGAACCUGCUCUACGCUGACCUGUCCCCCAAUGCACCCCUCAAAAUCGGUGACUUUGGGCUCUCCAAGAUCGUGGAUGAACAGGACACCAUGAAAACCGUGUGUGGGACACCGGGGUACUGCGCCCCCGAAAUCCUGCACGGGUGUCCCUAUGGACCAGAGGUGGACAUGUGGAGCGUGGGUGUCAUCACCUACAUCCUGCUCUGUGGCUUCGAGCCUUUCUUUGACCCGCGGGGGGAUCAGUACAUGUACGGCCGCAUCCUCACCUGCGACUACGAGUUCGUGUCCCCCUGGUGGGACGAGGUGUCCCCAAACGCCAAGGACCUGGUCAGGAAAUUGAUCGUUUUGGAUCCCCAGAAGAGGCUGACGGUUCACCAGGCCCUGCAGCACCCCUGGGUCACUGGGAAAGCAGCAAAAUUCGCUCACAUGGACAGCACGCAGAGGAAACUGCAGGAAUUCAAUGCCAGGAGGAAACUGAAGGCUGCCAUGAAAGCCGUGGUGGCCUCCAGCCGCUUGGGCAACCACGGCCACCACGACUGCUCCCGCAGCGGCCGCGGCCAGGGGGGACCCCGGGUCCUGGCCCAGCCCGCGGGGAACGGCAGUGCCAGGGCCGGCACGGAGCUCAGAACGUUCCAGAGUGACCACCCUGCCACGGUCCAGAGUGACCACCCUGCCACGGUCCAGAGCGAGCGCUCCGAUGUGGGCCCCGUGGCCACGGUCCAGAGUGACCACCCUGCCACGGUCCAGAGCGACCACCCUGCCAUGGUCCAGAGCGACCGCUCCGAUGUGGGCCCGGUGGCCACGGUCCAGAGUGACCACCCUGCCACGGUCCAGAGUGACCACUGCACUGAGGGCCCGGUGGCUGCGUUCCAGAGUGACCACCCCACCACAGUCCAGAGUGACCAUCCCAAUGUGACCCCGGUGGCUGCAUUCCAGAAUGACCACCCCACUGUGGCCUCAGUGGCCACAUUCCAGAGUGACCACCCCACCCUGGGCCUGGUGGCCGCGUUCCAGAGUGACCAUCCCGCCGCGUUCCAGAGUGACCAUCCCGCCGCGUUCCAGAGUGACCAUCCCACCACGUUCCAGAGUGACCACCCCAAUGUGACCCCGGUGGCCACAUUCCAGAGUGACCACCCCACCCUGGGCCCAGUGGCCGCGUUCCAGAGUGACCACCCCACCAUAUUCCAGAGUGACCACCCCGAUGUGGCCCCAAUGUCCAUGGUCCAGAGUGACCACGCCGUGGUGGCCCCGGUGGCCGUGCCAGGGCCUGCGUGUGACAGCUAA